CUAAUUUGCUUUCGUUAAUCAUUCCAUUUGUUCCUCAUUGUCAGAGACUAUCACUCCAUGUUUUCUUUUUAGCUUGUUUGCAUUUCCUUUGUCAUUAGCAGCAUCAUCAUCUCCACCGGUAUUGAAGUCUUCUUUUCCAUUAGUCCUCUAUUUUGGUUCAAUAUCUGGAGACUCCACAUUCUUCUCAAGAGCAUCAUCAUUUGUUACACCGAUUCCAGCCACCGCAUCAUUGCCAAUGCCAUUUUCGAUCUCCUACAUAAUUAGGAUAAUGAUAUCAGUUUUUUGUCAUUAAAAAACAAAACAUAUUUGUUGUUUUAUUGAAUCAUAAAAUCAUAAUAUUUGGCAAGUGAAAACAUAUAGGAUGCUUAUAUAUUCAAGUAUGCAGCAACAUGCAAGUGAAUAGGAAAUAAAGGAAUGUUGCAUUAAGCUAUAUAAUUAAACGCAUUGCAAAAUUAAUGUAUGAGCAGUUGAGAUGGAAUUGUAAUUAAAUUAUAAUUAUAGGGUUCAUUUUGAUAUAGAAUUUCCAAAUUGUGUUGGUUAUAAUGCAUUAUUGUAAAUAAGAGUGAAUAUAAUUUCACGCUAGUUGGACUUACCUCAAUUGAUUCGGGGUGAUCGUUUGAUUCGGGGUGAGAAACAAAGCCCAGAUCAGUCUUCUACGGAGGAAACUGGAGGCGCUGUAAUGGGCUUCGAUGGAGGGAAUCAAUGGGAUUCUGCGGGCUUCUGCUAAGGGAACUGCCGGCCCAGAUCAGUCUAAUUAAUUGGCGGUGGCAGGAAUUGACAAUAUGCUCCUUCUGUGGAUUGCGCACAGCUCAGGAAAAAACAACUGGGCGGCUAAACGUCGCCCUAACUUUACUAUAAUCGCCCUAAUUUAAAAUAUAAUAUGACUAAAUUAUCCUUCUUUAAUUAGUUCAAUUCAAAUUCAUUAAAAUAAAAUAUCCCCUAAAAUUCCUAGUUCCCUUCCCUCACCACCGCCCCGGCCUUUAUACUCGUCGGAGCUGACAUUAUCAUCUGUUCAUUGCUCGAUGAGGACUCAUCGUCCUUUACCUAUCUAGGCGCCGGUCCCAGCGAAGAAGACCAAAGUCUCCGACUUCGCCACAAUCUGAACCGACUCCCUUGAUCCUCAAAUCUGUCAGUCGCCAUCUGCAACCGCGACUCCUAUUUCAUCGCCGCCAUGAAUUCAUUGGUCGUCAACUUCUAGCUCCAUGCCACCGUCAGCGACCACAUCAGCAACUUUCGUCGACAUUCGUCGCCUCCAGCUAAAUCUCCGCCUCUGGAAACACAAGUCACCGCUGCCAGCUCUCUGCCUCCAAUCCGCCGUCGUCUCAAUCAAUCAGCCGCCGCGACCAUCUCUGCCAUCUGCGCCACUCGAUUUGGCAUUGCCUUUUCUCUUUGAAGUCUCCCGCAAAAAAUCGUUGUCUCCAGCUCUUGGCCGCCCGCCGUCGCCCCAUUGUUGUUGAAAUCGGAAUUUUCGGAUUUAGAUACGAAUCAAAGUGAGACAGCCGAAAAAGAAAAGAAUAAGAUUGGGCGAUUAGGCAAUUAAUCAGAUUGGGCGAUUAGCCAAUUAGGUUAGGGCAAUUAGGGUCCAAUUCACAAUAAAAAGGGAUAAAGGACAACGAAGUAAUUUUAAACCUUUAGAUUAAGGCGAUUAGGGCGAGAUUUAGCAACCCCAAAAACAAUCUAAGGGGGUUCUGCCCCAGAAAGUCUUUAUAGUGAUGUUGGGAUUGGAUUUCCAUUGGGCCUAGCCAGGCGAAUUGAAAGGGUGGGCUGGCUCAUGAACAUGAGAGAAGGAGACAAUGAAAGGCGUCGACGGUGAGAUGGCGGGGGCUUACAAAACAGGUUAAGGCAUACGGCUCGAUGAGCAAAGAGAGAUAACCAAAAGCAGCAAAUUCUUUAGCCUCUGGCCCCUGAACGAUAAAUGGUUAUAAUUUCU